CAACUCAGCUGAGAGCAGACGGAGGAGCGCAGGCAAGCAGGGAGGGAGGAAAAAGCUACUCGGUCCCUUUAAGGGAGGGACUGCCACUUGUCCGGAUAUUUUCUUUUUUUUAAUGUUGGACUCGUCUUGGGGGAUCCAGUGUGCAUUUGAAGGCGUUUGCUCACUCGCGAAUCCAACAAACGGGGGAGGAGAGAGAGCGAGAAAGAAAGAAAAUGGAGUUAGAGGACGGAGUGGUGUACCAGGACGACCCGGGGACAGCGGCGAUGAUGUCGGAACGGGUCUCGGGCCUGGCUAGCUCCAUCUACCGCGAGUUCGAGCGGCUCAUCGGCAAGUACGACGAGGACGUGGUGAAAGAGCUCAUGCCCCUGGUGGUGGCCGUGCUGGAGAACCUCGACUCGGUGUUUGCCGAGAACCAGGAGCACGAAGUGGAGCUGGAACUGCUCAAGGAGGACAACGAGCAGCUAAUCACCCAGUACGAGCGGGAGGAAGCGUUGAGGAAGCAUGCUGAGGAGAAAUUUAUUGAAUUUGAAGACUCCCAGGAACAGGAGAAGAAAGACCUGCAAGGUCGAGUGGAGUCGCUGGAGUCCUUCUCACGGCAGCUGGAGCUCAAGGCCAAGAACUACGCAGAUCAAAUUAGCAGGUUAGAAGAGCGGGAGGCUGAACUGAAGAAGGAGUAUAACGCUCUUCAUCAGCGGCACACAGAGAUGAUUCACAACUAUAUGGAGCACCUGGAGCGCACCAAACUUCAGCAGCUGACGGGGACAGAUCUGCUGGAAUCGGGAACGCUUGGCCGGGUUCGGAAGGAUCGGCCGCUUUCCUUGGGGAUUUUUCCCCUGACUAGCGGAGACCCCCUCCUCACACCUGAUGCUCAGCGGGAUGGAGUCGAGACCCCUGGGACAGAACACUGGCGAUUCAAUGACCUGAGCCACCCACGCUCCAAUACAAGUCUCAAGGAGUUGGAGACUGACGAUGUGCAAAAGAUUGGUAAGAGUUCACAGGAGGCUUGGGGACAUUCGAUGGCUGCCAACUGCCAGGAUGAGCUCUCAGAUAUCAGCCAAGGUGGCUCCAAGUCUGUCACGCCGAUGUCAACGGCCGCAUCGGACGUGGCAAUGCCUUCUGUUGACACGCCCCUACGGGAGGAAGCUGAGGGAUUGUCUAAGAAUCUCAACACAGCGAGCAGAAAACCAGACAGCAGCAAGAACAUCGAAGUUCAAGUAGCCCCAGGUACUAGGACAGUCUCCAUUGGUUUAUCUGAAAAUGAUGACAAAUCAGAUGUGCAGGCCAUUAUUGAAUCUACUCCAGAGCUGGAUAUGGACCUCAGCGGGUACAAGGGAGCAAGCACGCCAACCAAAGGAAUUGAAAACAAAGCAUUUGAUCGCAACACUGAGUCUUUGUUUGAAGAGCUGUCAUCUGCUGGAUCGGGGCUUAUUGGGGAUGUGGACGAGGGAGCAGAUCUUCUGGAUCAUAGUUUCUUUGGUAUGGGACGUGAGGUUGAAAAUCUAAUUCUGGAGAACACGCAGCUUCUGGAGACAAAAAAUGCCCUGAACGUGGUGAAGAAUGACUUGAUAGCCAAGGUGGAUGAUCUGUCCUGUGAGAAGGAGGUCCUGAAAGGAGAGCUGCAAGCUGUGAAGCAGGCCAAGCAGAAACUGGAGGAGAGAAACCGUGAACUGGAGGAAGAACUGAAAAAGGCUCGUGCAGAAAUUGAAGAGGCAAAGCAAAAGUCAAAAGAGGAAGAUGAUAGUGAUGUACCCACAGCGCAGAGGAAAAGGUUUACCAGAGUGGAGAUGGCACGCGUUCUCAUGGAGCGCAAUCAGUACAAAGAAAGGCUGAUGGAGCUGCAGGAGGCGGUGCGAUGGACUGAGAUGAUACGAGCUUCCAGAGAAAACCCAGCACUGAACGAGAAGAAGAAGUCCAGCAUCUGGCAGUUCUUCAGCCGUCUCUUCAGCUCUUCAAGUAACACGGCACGGAAGCCUGACCCUCCGGUCAAUGUGAAGUUCAACGCCCCGACCUCUCACAUUACGCCGACGGUCAAGAAGAGGAGCACCACGCUGUCUCAGCUGCCAAGUGACAAGUCAAAGGCAUUUGACUUCCUUAAUGAUGAGACAGAUGGUGCCAGUUUAGCAUCUCGAAGGGAGCAGAAAAGGGCACAGUAUCGGCAAGUAAAAGCGCAUGUGCAGAAGGACGAUGGCCGCGUGCAGGCCUAUGGCUGGAGUUUACCCCAGAGAUACAAACAGAUAGUAAAUGGAGGUCAAGGUGACAAUAAGAUGAAAAGCUUACCUGUACCCGUAUAUCUCAGACCGCUGGAUGAGAAAGAUGCUUCCAUGAAGCUUUGGUGUGCUGCAGGUGUAAACCUUUCCGGUGGAAAGACACGUGAUGGAGGCUCCAUUGUAGGAGCCAGCGUUUUCUACAAUGAUGUCACCGGGGCUGACACUGAUGGUAGCAGACCAAGGCGAGGAUCACAGAGUAGCCUGGACCGACUUGAACAGGAGCUCAAGGAACAAGAGAAAGAGCUGAGGCAGCAUGAAGAUCUUUCCAGUCUGGUCUGGAUCUGCACCAGCACUCACUCAUCUACCAAAGUCUUGGUCAUCGACGCCAACCAGCCUGGCAACAUAUUGGACAAUUUCUUUGUGUGCAAUUCUCAUGUUCUUUGCAUUGCCAGUGUUCCAGGGGCGAGAGAAACGGACUACCCGGCUGGAGAAGAGAUUCCCCGUGAAAUGGAAGGCGGGCCGUGUGACAACGCCUCUCUGACGGGCAGCCUCGCCAGCAACAGCUCAGCAGGCAGUGACAGCAUGCUGGGUGGGAUCACCGUGGUGGGCUGCACUGCCGAGAGCGCUACAUCCCCGCAGGCAGUGAACGCUGCCGUCACCAUCUCUGCUGCCACGGAGAAGCCCACAGAAGAGGAGGUCACCGAGGCUGACACCCCAGACGAUGGAGUGGCCACCGCUGAGGAAGCCACAGAGGCAACAGAAGCCAACUCUGGCUCAGUAGACGAUGUGGUGGACAUCAGUCAGCCGGGAAUUUACACCGAGCACGUCUUCACGGACCCUCUAGGAGUGCAGAAUACGGCCGAGACCUCCGCAGCUUAUCAGAAGAGGGAAUUGGACGCAUCUAAGAACGGCUCAGCGGCAGUCACUGAUGAAGAGGAUCUAAUGAGGGAAGAAGCACAGAAGAUGAGCAGUGUGCUGCCAACCAUGUGGCUGGGUGCCCAGAAUGGCUGUUUGUAUGUUCAUUCUUCUGUGGCCCAGUGGCAGAAAUGUCUUCAUUCAAUUAAACUGAAAGAUUCAAUUCUUAGUAUUGUACAUGUUAAAGGACGAGUACUCAUUGCCUUGGCAGAUGGGACCUUAGCCAUCUUUCAUCGGGGUGUAGAUGGCCAGUGGGACCUCACAAACUAUCACCUUUUAGACCUGGGGCGCCCGCACCACUCUAUCCGCUGUAUGACUGUUGUGCAUGACAAGGUGUGGUGCGGGUACAGAAACAAGAUCUACGUGGUGCAGCCAAAGGCCAUGAAGAUUGAGAAGUCCUUUGAUGCCCAUCCCCGAAAGGAGAGCCAGGUGAGACAGUUGGCUUGGGUUGGCGAUGGCGUGUGGGUGUCGAUCCGUCUCGAUUCCACCCUGCGACUGUAUCACGCACACACCUACCAGCACUUGCAGGAUGUCGACAUCGAGCCGUACGUCAGUAAGAUGCUGGGUACGGGCAAACUGGGCUUCUCCUUCGUGAGGAUCACUGCACUCAUGGUGUCCUGCAAUCGCCUGUGGGUAGGAACGGGGAACGGCGUCAUCAUUUCCAUCCCUCUAACUGAAACUGUAAUCCUCCACCAGGGACGUUUACUGGGGCUGAGGGCCAAUAAAAUAACAUCAGGAACAGCGAGCCGUCCAGGCAGCGUGAUCCGAGUGUAUGGGGAUGAAAACAGCGACAAGGUGACGCCGGGCACGUUCAUCCCGUACUGCUCCAUGGCUCACGCGCAGCUCUGCUUUCACGGCCAUCGGGAUGCCGUCAAGUUCUUUGCUGCGGUGCCAGGUCAGGUGAUCAGCCCUCCAACUAUAGCUGGCAGUGACCUCGCUACCGAGAAGCCGGGACCCUCGACGUCGGAGUCGCCAGUUCAGGAGCUCGUGAAGUCCGUGCUAGUGAUGAGCGGAGGAGAGGGCUACAUCGACUUCAGGAUGGGCGAUGAGGGGGGUGAAUCGGAAGAACUGGCCGACACGCUGCAGCUCCAGCCCUCCCUGGCCAAGGCCGAGAGAAGCCAUUUAAUUGUGUGGCAGGUGAUGUACAGCGACGAGUGAGCUGCGCCAGGACAGGCGGUGUGGUGCCAUCAGCAGGAAGCGGAGGACCCGAGAAGGAAGCCGUCCGUC